AGCCUUGUGCCGUGCAUUCAUUCCACAGUGGAGAGAAAAUGAGAAAGCUGGCCGCCUUUGAGCAAAGCGCGCUCAAAGCCACCCACCCAUUUCCUCCCUUUGGACUCCCGAGCAGGAGAAAGGAGCCCUUUCUUGAGCCUGGUGGGGGGCAAGGCGCAGCGCUUCCCACUCUUUCCACGCACGAGACCCACAGGAAGGUGGCCUGGCACGCACUUGGCCUCGCAGGAAAGCGCGGGCUUCAGCCUAGGCCUCUCCAUCCUUUCCCUGGCGCGCCGUGAUUUCAGAUACCUAUCCAUCUUGUAUGUGUGUGUGUGUGUGUGCGGGCGAAGGGAAGUCUCUCUCCUCCCUCCGGAGCCUCUGGGGGAGUUUCUCGCGCCUCCGCGGCCUGCCAGGGGAGUGUCGGCGCGUUUCCCGUCAACGUGGGUUUGCUCUUCCUUUCCUUGGAGCGGAGAAGCCCCCGAAGAGGGGCGGGAACGAGUCCGCGCGCAACAAGGGCGACUUUGUGAGGAGUUUAGGAGAAGCCGCCCCAUGGCCGGCCUGUGAGGAGAAAGAAGAAGCAGAGAAAGUUUGGAGGAGGAGGAGGAGGAGGAGAAAGAAAAGAAGAAGUCCCGCCUCUCCAACUCUGAGGCGCGGAGACCAAAAAGAAAAGAAAAAAAAGCGAGAGGGGAAGAGACAUCUCUACUCUAAACAAACUUUUCCAGUGGUUCAAAGUGGGAGGAGGGCUCCUUCUUUCUCUCUCCGUGUGUGCUCUUCUCUCUCUCACACACAGAGCCUUCCUUAGAGAUGACUAAGUUGGAAAAGAUGAUCACAUAGUGUAAAGAGUGGGUGGUCUCCUUUCUCCAUGUGCGCCAAAGUCAAACUUUGAUUGCCUGAGUUUUUGGGGUGCCUUUUUCUUCAGAGAAGAUCAUGACAGAAGGCCCAGAUGGAGGAGAGUCUUCCCAGGAGCAGAAAGAAAGGCAGGCCAAGAAGAGGAGGAGAAAGAAGAAAGAAGGAUACAAGACAAGGACUGUCUAUUCAAACUUGCUGCUCCCUUGGCCCGAAGUGGACAACUCUGCUCUGCCAGCCAACAACAGGCUAAAGACCACCAAAUACACCGCCGUGUCCUUCCUGCCCAAGAACCUCUUUGAGCAGUUCCACCGCCUGGCCAAUGUUUACUUUGUCUUCAUCGCCUUGCUCAACUUUGUGCCCGCUGUCAACGCCUUCCAGCCGGAGUUGGCCUUGGCUCCUGUGCUCUUCAUCUUGGCGGUCACAGCUGUCAAGGACUUAUGGGAAGACUACAGUCGAUACCGCUCAGACCAGGAGAUCAACCACAUGGAGUGUUUGGUCUACUGCAGGAUUGAAAGAAAAUACAUCACAAGAUACUGGAAAGAAGUGAAAGUUGGAGACUUCAUCCAGCUGCGUUGCAAUGAAAUCAUUCCUGCUGAUAUAUUGCUGCUUUCUUCGAGUGACCCUGAUGGCCUGUGUCACAUAGAGACGGCUAAUCUGGAUGGGGAAACCAACUUGAAACAGAGACAAGUUGUGCGAGGAUUUUUGGAGCUGGUACGUUAAUGUGUC